AUGCCUGGCAUCCUCCCGAUGAAGGUGAUCAAGGUGGGCACAAGUGCGCAGAGUAGAAUCGCUCAGGCGUGCGACAGAUGCCGCAGCAAGAAGAUCCGAUGUGAUGGCAUUACACCAUGCUGCUCACAGUGUGCCAAUGUCGGAUUCGCUUGCAAAACAAGUGACAAGCUUAGUCGCCGUGCAUUCCCCAGAGGAUACACCGAAUCUUUGGAAGAAAGAGUACGCGCUCUCGAAACCGAAGCCACAGAAUUGAAGGAUUUACUCGACGAGAAGGAUGAAAAGAUUGAUAUACUGUCGAGGGUUCAUUCCAAUUCGCCGUCACUCAGACGCCCGUCAAGCACGCCCUCAACCUCGCCCAGUCUGCCCGAUGUGAAGGAGGACGUCAAGAGUGCCCGGAAAGAGCAUACCUUCAGGGUCCAGCAGUCGCCCUGCCUGCUCGAUGGCGACGAAUCGGACUCCUAUUUCAUGGGUGCAUCAAGCGGGAGAUCCUUUGUUGACACUUUCAAAGCCAAAUUUCAGGAGUCCGGAAGGCCAUGCAGCGAGUUCAAGACAGAAGCGUGCUUCGCGAUAAGGAAGAAAGACAGCCCUUCCACACAGAGAUCUUCUACCUACAUCGCACCGAGAGUCCCUUCCCGUAUGGUCUCAGAUCAAAUGAUCAACAUCUUUUUCCAGGAAUGGGCUCCUCUCUUUCCUGUUGUGCAUCGGCCGACUGUGUUGAAAGCGUAUGCCGAUUACGUGAACGAACCUGAAGGCGUCAAGGACAACCAUUCUCUUGCGCAGUUGAACCUCAUUUUCGGUAUCGCAGCUCUGUCUUCCGAAUGGAACAAAGAGAAUGCUCAAGGGUUUGAGCAGCAAUGGCAGGCGGCUUUGGACGCUGUACUAGCAGAAAACACUUUGCCUACUUUACAGUGCCUUGCCCUCGUCCAGAUCUACUGUAUUGCAAAGGCCGAUUACAACAAACUUUUGCACUACAAGGGCAUUGCAAUAAGCCUCUCACAUCGCCUUGGGCUUCACCAGAGUCAGAAGCGCUUUUCUAUGGGCGCGUUGACUAGUGAAAUAAGGAAGAAAGUAUUCUGGACUCUGUAUACACUGGACUGCUUUUCGGCUGCCCUGCUCGGGCUCCCGAAGCUGUUCAAUGAAAGCGACAUUCAUGCAGAGUACCCUGCCGAUGUCGACGAUGAACAUGUCUCCGAGCGAGGUUUCCAGUCAACGUUGCCAGGCGAAUUUACAAGAGUGUCCAGCGCCCUAGCCCUCUUCCGUGUAGCGCGUGUUAUGUCCAAGGUUUUGGAAGAAAAUUACCCUGCAGCUUCAUCGCAUGACUUGUCCCUUCAGAAGAUUGGCGCACUGAACGAUGAGCUCGACGCUUGGCUUGGAAGCCUUCCACCUCAUCUUCGACUACACUUCGUUCAGGACAAACCCAGUACCAACGUUGUUGGUAGUAGAUCGCCUCUAUUGUCUCUCGCCUAUCAUUACAUUCGCACUCUCAUCCAUCGGCCGGCAGUAGGUUCUAGCCUGGGUAACAAGGCUUCACCCUCAGUCGUCGCUCUUGCACAAUCCAGCAAACACAUUAUUCAGAUCGUUCAGUUGCUUGAAGAACGGAGGAUGAGCUUUUCAUUCUGUCUCAACAAAAACGAGCUGUUGCUUCUCGCAGGAUUUGGCCUGCUCUUUCAGGGCCUUAACCUUGAUCGCAGAGGCAAAUUAAUUCAGGACAGCCAAAGACUCCUGUGCUCUGUUAUCGGGAUACUUGAGCGCAAUGCAGCAAUCGGUGCGGCUGAACUCAAGAAAGUUGCCUCCGCAAUCAUCAGCGUUGAAAGAUUUUCUAAGGAUGCCCGAGGCUCAGACGCCACUGCAGGACGACGAAAAUCAGAGGAAAACAUGGCGGCUCCAAAGGAGUCUUCGAAGUCAGCUCGCAAACUUCAAACCAUAGCUUCACGCUUUUCAACGUGGAACGCGCCGGUUGUGAAACGAGAGAGCAGCAGCGGGCGUCGUUUUACUGCUCCAACCCUGUCAACCGGGCAGCUCUCGGGUUAUGAUCGUAGCACCAGUCAAAAUAGCGUCUCGUCAGUAGUAUCUGACCCAAAUCCUCAAAAUGGAUAUUCGCAGCACAUCAGCAUCUCACAAUCUCCGGGCCAGGAUCCUUCCCCAGAUCCACCGAACCUCGAUUACCUUUCUUUCAAUAAUCCUGCACCAAGCCCGAAGAACUUGUCUCCGGGCUCAAGUCGGCAGUUCAGGAUGUCUGACCUUUCAAACCAGCAAAUGCAGCCUCCAUUGGACAGCCACUUUCCUUCCGAAGAUGUUUUCUCGUCGUACGUCUCGCCACCUCCUUCUGACGAUUUUGGUUGGUGUUCCAACAUUUGGGCUAUGCCUUCCAAUAUGGGCGACCAGCCAGACGCUUCGCAAGGCCGUGUGAGCUUUUCUGAAGAAGACCUCACGAGUGGUGAGGAACUGAGCAGCUGUGACAUAGGGGCAGAGUUUCAUGGGUUAGCAAUGGAUGGCUUGGUAGGAUUAGAUGGGCUUGACGGGAGCUUCGAGCUGUAA